UUCCUUAUACCAUUCGCGUUCAGAUUUCUUCCCAUCCGUUUUAUCUAGUCUCAAACAAAACAUUACCAAGAACAGAUAGAGAGGUUAUUCCCGCUAUCGACAUUUCUCCGAGAAUACCAGUUUUGCCUGAUAAAAAUUCGACAUCACAUAAUAGAAAUUUGUCAAUACAAUAAUGUCCACUCGGUCGUGAACGAUUUUUGUGGGUGUACUUCUGUAAAUUUGAGUGAUAUUUGACGAUUUUACCGUUGUCCAGUUCCUUAUCUCAGAUUAUUAGCACCCAGUCCACUCAUCUUCCUGACCAAAAAAGCACCUCGCCUUUGAAUACAACUGCGGUUUUCCCAUCUCACACUUGCAUCAGAGAAGUGUUUAUCGCAGAUGUGCCAUAUAAACAAAUAUGUUCUACUCGAAAUUCCUCGCGGUAAUCUUCUUCCUAUGCUUGAAGAAUGCACAGCAGCAAACCAUCAACCCUUGCCCUGAUAAAUUCACUUUCAACCUGGAAAGAAACCAACCAGGCAGAUGGUUUGGGACCGUCAGGCUCGUAUAUGAGACAGAACUGAUAGGAGUGUGGCUCAGACUGAAAUUCGACAGACCUGUGAUACAACUCGGUAACUGGUUCGGUCAGAUCAAAACCGACGACAACAUCGAGUUCCGACUGUCCGACAGGAACUUUCAGCUCAGACCAAACGUACCCAAAGACGUGCUGUUCUUCGUAAACUACAACCAGAGGGAGCCACCGCCUGAGCUGAUUCGCAUCGUCUUGAACGGAAGGGUGUUUUGUCCUACUGGCGAAGAAACCACCCCUGCUCCUAUUGUGCCUGGUCUGGGUGAGCCGAUUACGAGUAAACCUCUGUCUGCCCUUGGUCAAAACUCGGGAGCCUCAGGGACCACUUAUAGACCCUUCGGCGGUCAGCAGAACAAUUUCAGGCCUACCCCAAGGCCUAGCAGAAGGCCCACCCCUACUACAGAGUAUGAAAACGAGUCUGACGAUGAGUUUUUCCAAGGUGAUCUCAGUGGGGCCAGACCUGACAUCAUGACGCCGUCUAGAGAGAAUUUGAACGACAUCUGUGGAACUGUCAUUGCACGUCCAAAACCUCUGAUCACCCAUGGGGAAGUAACCCACGAAGGUGAAUUUCCAUGGCACGCAGCCAUAUACCACUCGAAAGGCGUUAAUUUGGUCUACAUCUGCGGUGCCUCUCUGAUCAACAAAGAAUAUCUAUUGACUGCAGCACACUGCGUCACCAAACCCAGGACAGAAACACCGUCAAAAAUCGGCAGUAUGGUAAUUUACCUAGGCAAGCACUAUCUGAAGGAGUGGUCCACGAAGGGUAUACAAGACAGGAGGGUGUCCAAGCUCAUAGUGCACCCGGAGUUCGAAUCAGAGACCUUCAAAAACGACAUAGCAAUCAUAAAACUGUCGGAACCUAUCACCGUGACGAACUACGUAAGACCUGUGUGUUUGUGGGAAGACCAGGUGGAUUUACAUCACGUUAUCAAUCAACCAGGUACCAUCAUAGGUUGGGGGUACGAUGAGGAUGGGGUCAUCACGGACGAACUCCACAAGGCUAGCAUGCCCAUAGUUUCAACGGAAACCUGUAUUUAUUCUUACCCAGACUUUUUUGCGCGUUUCACAUCGAACACCACAUUCUGCGCCGGUUAUAGAAACGGCACUUCCGCGUGUAACGGGGACUCAGGCAGCGGCAUGGUGUUCCAGAAGACGAGGCCUCAGUCUGGGACUCAGGUGUGGCAGCUUAGGGGCAUCGUUUCCCUGAGUGUGGCCCUACAGAACCAGGCCAGGUGCAAUACUUCCCACUACGUGGUGUUCACGGACGUCGCGAAGCACGGGCCCUGGAUCCAAUCAGUGAUAAACCCAAGCAGGAAUGAUAUUAGUAGUGAUAGGACUUUUUACGAACCAGUUAGAAACGCCAGACAGGAUAAGCUAAGGAAUUUUAAUUUAUAAACUAGGUGUAGUAGUGAAGGAAAUACAUUUUGUUUUAUUUUA